AGGCAUUGGCUGACGUCCCAGCCUCUCAUUGUGCCUCAGCAUAAAGCUGCUGCUUCCUCCUCUGCUUCAUCACAAGCCGGGUGCAGUCACACAGGGACACUGGUAUGGCUGGGCCCAGGCCAGUGGUGCUGAGCGGCCCCUCCGGGGCGGGGAAAAGCACCCUCCUCAAGCGACUCAUGAACGAAUAUGAAGGGCUGUUUGGCUUUUCAGUUUCUCAUACCACGAGAAAGCCCCGCCCUGGGGAGGCUGAUGGGAAAGAUUACCAUUUUGUGAGUCUGGACGACAUGAAGAAGGGAAUAGAGAGAGGGGAGUUUAUAGAACAUGCAGUGUUUUCUGGGAACAUGUACGGGACCAGUACCGCCGCCGUGCAGGCCGUCCAGGCCAGGAACCAGAUCUGUAUACUGGAUAUCGACAUGCAGGGAGUGAAGAGCAUAAAGAAGACCAGUCUGAAUCCCAUUUACAUCUCCAUUCACCCACCGUCAGUUCCAAUAUUAGAGAAGCGGUUACGAGACAGAAACACAGAGUCGGAGGAAAGUUUACAGAAAAGACUGAACGCAGCAAUAGCCGACCUGGAGAUCAGCAAAGAGCCUGGUCUGUUUGAUGCCAUUAUUGUCAAUGAUGAUUUAGAAGAGGCCUACGCUCAUCUGAAGGGAACCCUGGCACAAGAGAUCAAACAAGCCCAGAGCAGCAAGAAUUCCUGACUGAAGGACAGCCCACUUCCCCUAGCUCCUCCCACUACCACAAGCAUUCCUGGCGGCGUUUCUCCUGCACGACGCAUCGACCCAUUUCAUGUUUUAGGGCCCCGACCGGUAGGAAAAUAAAUGUAGAACCCCCUUUUGGCGAGUAAUGUCGACUCUUUGUGAGCGAAACUCCUUCCUCAGCUGCUCCGGAACCAGUAUUCCCUACCAGCCAGUGAAAUAUCUGCCUUCAUCUUUAUUACCGUAACCACGACAGCGAGAUGGUUAUUGAAACUGCCCUAACUGGGCGGGGCCAAGCGUUGCUCAUGUUACUGUAGAACUGCCAGUGUCUCUCCUGUGUGUGCUGCUAGGGACACGCCCAUGUCUUCCAUAAGUCCCUCCCUUCCUAGGGAAAUGGCUGUACCACUUCCCACCUCAUGGGGGACAAAAACCAAUGGCUGUACCACUUCCACAUCAUGGGGGACAAAAACAACCCCCCCCCCCCGUACCAAUAAGAGCACAAGCAAGAAAUUGGUUCAACCUUUUUUAUACCAGAAGAUGAAUCUGACAAAGGUGCUAUCUAGCCCCCCCUCCUCAACCUAAAAAUCUAGGAGGAAUGUGACCAAUGAGUGCAGGCUUAUCCAGGGUGGGCUAAGUGGGUGGGGUCUGUAACGAGAAGGUAUUAUAAUAUAUAUAUUCCCUAUAUAUAGGUGUGUUUUGUUUUCACUGAUCAUUAUACCAUGUGACAGACAGUGAUGGGCGGGGCCUAUGACAGUUAGUAUAUAUGAUAUGUUCCUAAUAUCUGGGUGUGUAUUGCCUAUUUGACAUUCAGUAGUAGAAUAUAUAUAUAUAUAUAUAUAUAUAUAUAUAUACAGUAUAUGGGGGGGGGGGGUUUAACAAUGCGCUAAGAUUCAGCGGGUCAUUUAUAAACACUUGGCAACAGGGCAGUAACCCAUGGCAACCAGUCAGAUAUUUGCUUUCAUUGUUCUUCCGAAAGCUGGCGGGAAAUAUCCUAUCACAGAUGGUUGCUAUGGGUUACCGCCCAGGUGCAAAUUUGCCCCGUUUUUAUAAAUGAGCCCACCGAGUCUUUCUAACGGGGGCAGUCUGUACUCUCUCACCUAAUAAUGCAAAUGAUAUAUUUAUAUUGUGUAACCUGUACAGUAAGUGGCUGAUCUUGUGUCUCACCGACAGAAUAGUAAAAAUCUGUUUUUUUGGUAGAGAA